AUGACAAAGCAAAAACACUCGACUAAUGAUGUCACACAUUUUUCACCUGUUCAUCAUCAUAUGAAUUUAUUAUAUCAACAAAUGUCUUUAUUCAUAGACUUAAAACCAACAUUGCAAAAUGAAGCAUUUACAGCAUUGCUAUGCCGUAUAACCUCACAAAAUCUAAAAAUUCUUGGUAGAAAAUCGCAGACACGAUUAUCAUUUGCUAUACGUCGAUCAUUAUGUACUAAAUGCUUAGUUCCAUUACAAUUGUCGGGCAAAAUAAGGGUGAGGAAACGACGUAUUCGUCUGUCAUGUGUAUUAUGUAAUCACCAAUCGACUAUCUCUUAUCCAAUUAAUAAGUGGCGUGCAAGUUAUUCAGAGUCUGUACUACCAGAUUCUUUUUGCUGUAAUGAAACUAUUGAAAAAUCCAAUAAUGAAUAA